GCGUUGAGGGGGGAGGCAGCGCCGGCAGGGCACCAUCCUCUCGCGCAGGCAUGGAGAUUAUGGACGACGACGAGUUUGGACGGACGCGGAGAAGAAGACGGCGAUUGGAAUCACCAUGGCUCGAUUCCUUGGGCCACAACGGAGAAGACGACGAUGGAGAAGACGAACUGAGAGAACUGAGCCCUUUUUGACAGAUCCAUGGAGAGACUUGGACUCGAUCCCGCUCUCGUAGGGUAUCCGAAUCACGAUUUCUCCUUGGCUUGGUAUCCGAAUCAAAUUCCUUUUCCCUGCCCUGCAAAACCACUAUAUAGCAUGCACCCCUAACCCGUCUUCAUCAGAGUUCUGUGACUUGUUGGCCGCCCGCUGCCCUCUAGACUUGUCUUCCGCGAGGCUCACGAUUCUGCCCGUGACAAUCAGCUUUCACCUGCGGAAUAGCAGCAGCAGGUUGUCGUGUACUUGCUGUUGUAUAUAUAUUUUAUAUUUACGAAGUGGACUGCAUUUGCAACCCAGUUUGUUCCCAUGGAAGAGGCAACAAUCUGCACCACAGGGAACGCUGUUGGGGUGAGUUUGGAUGAGAGGUUUGCAAUAAUGCGGAGCAUAGGCUUGGAGAGCAUUGACGAGGAUGAUGUUAGGAGGCUUCUGGGCAAGAAUGUUGCUCCAGUUUGCUAUGUUUGGUGUGACCCCUCCCCUUUGGUUCAUGUUGCCCAGGGGAUCAUGAUGGUGAUCAAAAUUAGGAAGAUGGUUGAAGCUGGUUGCAGAGUUAAAAUCUUGAUAGCAGAUUGGUUUGCUUGUAUGCAGAACAAAUUUGAUGGCGAUCUAACCAAAAUUCGAUCUAUCGGAUUUUACAUGAUUGAGAUAUGGAAAGCAGUUGGGUUGGAACUUAAUACGGUAGAGUUCAUAUGGUUGUCCGAUGAAAUAAAUAGCCAUUCAGAUGAAUACUGGGCACUUGUCAUGGAUAUUUCCAGAAAUAAUACAUUGAGGACGAUGAUAAGGUGUUGUGGAAUUCUGGAUCCAUACAUUCUUAACGAAGAAGAUCGUAUUGUUGGUUCAUAUGACCAUGAAGAUGUGGUGGCUUCAACGCUCUUUACACCUUGCGUGCAAUGUGCUUGUAUAUUAUUCCAAAAGGCAGAUAUAUGGCUAUUGUCCAUGGAUCAUGAAGAGGAUCUUCACCACAAGCUAGUUAGACAGUACUGCAAAGGCAUGGAGCAUCAACAUAGACCUAUUAUUCUGUCCUAUAGGAAGCUCCCCAAUUUAAUAGAACACCCUGAAUUUGCUAAGAAUGGAGAUCCAGCUUGUGCUAUCUACAUGGAAGAUCGGGAGGUUAAUUUAAGAGACAAACUAAGCAGAGCUUUCUGUCCUGCGAAAGUUGCAGAAGGCAACCCAUGUCUGGAGUACAUCAAAUAUAUUGUGUUUCCAUGGUUCGGAUACUUUGAGGUACUCAGGAAGGAAGAGAACGGUGGUAGCAGGAUGUUUCAGAAUAUGGAAGAGCUUAUCACUGAUUAUGAAAGUGGUGCUCUGGAUGCCGCUGAGGUGAAGCUGGCCCUUACAGAAGCCCUAAGUAAGAUUCUGAAGCCUGUACGUGACAACUUCGCAAACAGCUGUGAGGCCAAAAAUCUGGAGGAGGCUAUGUUGGGUGUAUCUCUCAAUACUAGGGAGUAAAGGAGGAAAAUGAUGAGUUCGAGGAAAUUUUAGUGAAGAUAUGUAAGGCGAUUAAGUGAGGUUGAAUACACAGGAAAGGUUCAUGGUGGCGCUAUGUAUUGGCAUUUUGUGUCCAUGACUUGUAAUCUCUGAUAAUCAUUUAGUCCCACUGUUCCAGUGAAUAAGACCUAUUUUAUUAAAAAAAAAUCAAGCUAAGUAAAGUUUGAUCAAAUUUUUUAAAAAAAGUAUUGAACCCAUGAUAUUAUCAUGUGAAAAAUAUAUUCCAUGAUGAAUCUAACUGAGAUUUGUAUUA